AUGUCUAUCAUUUCAUUUGGCUAGUUUCUACAAUAUUAGAAAUUUUUAUCAUCUUAAUUUGAAGUUUCUUGGUUUUUAAUAACUCCUUUGACAUUAAAUUCAUGCUCUACUUACAUUUAAUUAGUAUUAGUUUUGUAUUUUUUAUCUAAUAAAAACCUCCCUUUUGAUAAUUAAAUAGCAAAAUAAUUGCGUGGUUGUUUCAGAUAUUAGUAAUUGAAUUAAAGUUUAGAACUACGAAGUUGGAUAAUUAGUAAAUAAUAAAUUUGAUUAUUGCUAGAGUAUUUUUCUAUUCAUGUGUUCAUAUUUAUGGAUAUUUAUAUGUAAAUAACAAUUAUUCUUUAUAAAUAUCAAAUUANGAUUUCAGACUUGGAACACAUUUACUUCAAGGUCUUAGAAUUAUUACGAGUUCAUGUGUUACUGAUUGGAGUGUCGAUGAUAUUAGACGAUUAGUUACGGUUUAAUCAAGGAUUGUAGAGAAUAGAAAGUCACCAAAUGGGAAUCCAUGGGAUCUUAACAAUACUUAAUUUAGAGAGAGACCAUAAGGUACAAUAUUUUAGGAGGAUGAUUAUCAAAAUAAUAGAGUAUUUGAUUGGGAAAAAGAAAAGGAUAAUGUAAGUAUCACAGAAAAUUUAAAUGGAAACUCAAAGCUAUAAAAUAUUAGUAUACUUUAUUAAAGAAUUGGAUACGAAAUAGGAAAAAUAAAAAGAAUAUUUAUUGACAAUGAAAUUAGUUGGGGAUAUUUCAGGGAUCAUAGCAAAUUUUAUUAUCAUAGCAAUGCUCAUUUAGAUAAUUUUGUUGUAAUAUAAAAUGGAUCUAGUUUACUAGCCCCAGUAGAUUUUGAUCUUGCUUUCUGGUAUUUAUUGUGAUUUAUUUUUAGUAAGGAAGAGUUCAUUAACAUUGACAUUGAUUUUGAUGCUUAGCUUAUUAAAUCUUCAGAAACUUAAGAAAAUAAGAAUUAUGGUAAAUUUGAUUUGGAAUAAUGGUUAUUUUAUUAAGAUCAAGAAAGAAUUGGUUUAGAAUUAGCAAUAGGAGGGAUGGAUAUGAUUUUAGCAAGUCAUAUGUUUUUAUCAAAAUAAAAAACAGAUGUUGAAGACUAUAUUGAGAUACUUUUAAGAGAUUAAAUGAGGAUUGGAUAUUUAGAGGGAAUGCAAUUAAAGGACGAUUCCAGUAUAUUUUAUUAAAGAAUGGAUAAAAUACAAGAUAUCAUUAAGGAAGCCUUAAAUUUGACCCAAGAAAUUGUUUCUUGA